UGUCUGCGCGGGCAGUGCGUCGACCGCACGCCCUUCUACUCACGCGAAUGUAUCAUCUUCACAUUCGGACGAUAAUUCGCGUAUAAAAGUGUGCCGCACAAAUUUUGUUAUUAUUAUUUAUAGAUUUAAAUCACAGUUUAAUUUAUAAAAUGUGUUCAAAAAGUUUAUCUAUUUAUAUUAAUUUGGCUUUCGUAGCGUGCUGCGUGAUUGCAGACUGCGGUCCAAGAUUGAAAUAUGCGUGGGGUGAUGCGUUACAAGGAACAGAUUGUCCAGGCCCAGAUGGGACACCCUACCCUAGGCACUUAGUGAACAGAGCUCUGAAGUCCGGUCCAUGGCAGUCAUCGAGACAAGGCCGAGGAUUGCGGACGGUGGACCCUGCCAUCAUGAGGCGGGCGCUGCUCGACGCACACGCCGGUUAUUCAGAGGGCGCGCCUACGCAAGGCAGCAAUAGAACCGGUCGCUCCUCAAACCUGCCCGGACUAUCGCCGGCGCCUACAAACUCGUGUGGCGGCACCAGAUUAUGUCGGACGCGGUACAACACUACCGCUCCUAUGUACGGAGUGUCCCUAACUUCGGGCCAACCUGUCACUAUAGUGCAGAAGUUCCCUGAUUUAUUGCAGCAAGUCGUCUUCGAGGUUUGCGAGUCAAGCGAAUGCUCCCUAGUAAGAGGGACAUGUUCACAAACGUACGUGCCCUACCUAUUCUUGGUGCUUCCACUGGGACCAGUAACGCUAACAGGUCAAGACUACGUGCUCGUAGAGUCUGGGUGUGUCUGUAGACCAGACCCGGUGCCAUAGACACAUAGACCUAGGCCAUAAACUACGAAAAGCUAUUAGAAAAAAAAAAUGAUCCGUCCAAUAGACAAUUUGCAAGAUGGCCGCUGUUUCCCGCCAUUUUUGUAGUUAAUGUUUAUUAUUUAUUUUUCGAGUUUUAUGAUUGUUGUGUUCUUGCUGGGUUUGAAAGCUUAUUUUGAAUUUUAUUGUCGAAUGUCAAUUGAAGAAUCUCUGUUUAAGGAUUAACCGCCGUACUCAGAGUUAUAUAGAUUAAUGGUUACUUAACCCAGUUCUUAGCAAUUGUUUUCGAUACGAAAUCUAAGUGCGGCAAUAAGAUGUUAGCUGGCUUCAUUAGAUUGAAUUUCAGUCGUCUUUGGUUGGUGGAUCUAGCACAAAUUACUUUUUUAAAUUGGAGAGACUAGAAAGUUUUAUAUAUAAAUUAAAUAAUGUAGAUAAAUUAAUCUAAAAUUCUUAAGACUAUUGACGCAUUUAUUAGAUUUUAUAUUGGUUAAAAGAAAAGUAUUUUAUUAUAGAAGGGUGACAUUAUUAUUGAUAUUAUAAAGGGUGCAUUUAUUCAACUGUAAAAUUGCCGAAAAAUUAAUAACUUAGUUGUUUAUAAUUUAUCGGCCAUUUUUCAUUAAAAGUUAACUUAUUAAACAGACUGAAUAUUAUUUUUACUUUUUAUUUUUGUUAAUUUAUUAAAUAUUUUUAUUUAUUCUAUGUACCGUUGCUUGACGGAGCUAUUUAUAAAUUAACGAAUAGAGUUUACGAGAGAACUUAUAAAUGUGAAUAAUUUAUUUUAUUAUGACUUCGUGAAUUGCUCAUGUUACGUUUAGUUACGAACAACGAAUGUAUCAAAGAUUUAAUAAAUUUUAAUGGAAAUUA